CUGUUUGCAUAAUCAAUUGGUUCACAACCCUGAACGUGCUACAUUGGUUAGAAAUCAUGUUACAUUAUCUCAGUAUUACAAUUAUAGACUUUCGGUUAGACAAAUUUUUUCUUCAAUCUUUUAUGGCAAGAAACUAUUUCAGCAAUAUGCUGUUGAUGCAUAUGUCAAAAUUGAAGGCCAGCGCCUUGCUUUUAUCAGAAAUAACCAAAACAAACUUAGAAGCGAGCAGUAUGAUGCCUUACAUGAACAUGUAGACAACCUUGGAAACGAUCGUAAUGUUAGACCAGGGCGCAUUGUAGUUUUGCCAUCUACUUAUGUAGGAAGUCCUAGAGCUUUAAAAGAAAACUUUGAAGAUGCUAUGGCUAUAAUUAAAAAGUAUGGUAAACCAGAUCUUUUUAUUACUUUUACCUGCAACCCAAAAUGGCGAGAGAUAACUGAAAAUUUAUAUCCAGGACAAACUGCAAAUGAUAGACCUGAUUUAGUUACACGAGUAUUUAAACUCAAAUUAAAUAAUCUCCUAAAUGAUAUUUUUAAGCAUGGUGUGUUAGGGAAAGUCGUAACUCAUGUGCAUGUUAUCGAAUUUCAAAAGCGUGGUUUACCACAUGUUCAUAUUUUACUUCACUUUGCAACUGAUGACAAGCUGGAGACAGCACAGGAUAUCAAUAGUUUAAUAUGUACAGAAAUUCCAGAUCCAAUUAUAAAUCGUGAACUUUAUGAUGUUAUUAAAACUUGCAUGAUUCAUGGCCCAUGUGGCAUACUGAAUCCAAAUUCUACCUGCAUGAAAGAUGGGGUGUGCAGCAAAAAUUAUCCUAAACAAUUUAAUGCCAACACAGUAGUAGUUCAUAAUGGUUAUCCUCGCUAUAGGCGUCGUGAUAACGGUUUGGUUAUCAAUAAUAAAGGCAACAAUGUAGAUAACCGCUGGGUGGUAUAUUACAAUCCAUGGUUAUCAAAGAAAUCUGUGUCUAAUGUCUGUUAAGGCUGUUAAAUAUUUGCACAAAUACAUAUACAAGGGUCACGACUGUGCCAAUAUUUUGAUAAAUGAUCAAAAUAAUCAUGAUGAAGUAAACACUUUUUUAGACUGUCAUUAUGUUAGUGCACCAGAAGCAUUGUGGCGAAUUUUUGAGUAUCCCAUAAGUCAUAUGUCACACAUAGAGAUGUGACGCGUUUUUUAGUUCUUGUUUUUUUGGUUUUUUUGGUCGUUUUUUUGGAAAAAAAACAUAGGGGUCCGUUUUUUUGGUUUUUUUGGGAAAUAAUCAAAAAUUCAUUGUUUAAGUUACUAAAUUUAACUUUAAUGGCAAUAUCUUAAUUCAUAUUUUAAUUUCUGAUUUAAAUAGGACAAUAAAUACUGAAAUUUACUGAAUUAAUUUUUGUUUUGGUAUAUUAACACGGUUAAAGGUUAUCACGGUUGAAGCAGUCUUGUAUAAAAACUUCUUUGAUAAUUUUAUCUUCCUCAACUUUAUCUUUACUGUUUUUAGUGUAUAUUGACACAAUAAACAUUUAUUUACAUUUAUUAUAUUUAACAAAAUUUAACAACUAAUGAAUGAGACUUAGCAUAAUAAAGAGUUGAAAAUGAGUUUUUGUUAAUGGAAUUCUUUUGCCAUAAGAUAAUGUCUAAAAAUUGAACUUAAAAAACAGAGCAUAUUAAAGAAUUUUGCAAGUGUUGUGAUAUAGUGCCAUAUGAAAAUAUUUAGAUGAAUAAAUGUAAUAAGAAAAAAAAAAUGCUGUUAAAAAAUUAAUUACAAAUAAAUAAAUUACAAAUCAUCAGGUGAAUGGGGUCUGGGAAUUUCCGUAAAUAAUAAUAAUUAAAAAGUUUUUAAAUUUUCCUUGAAACUAAGUUCAGUAUAGGGCUUUUUUUUAAUGGGCAUACUAGCAAUAACUCUUUUUUUGAUAUAACAAACAAACAAUGUAAGACUUAAUUACUACAUAAUAUACAAAUGCUUAAUUAAGUUAAUAAUCUUGAUAGAUAGCUUAUUUUUUUGAUCAUUUUAAGUCUGAUAUCAAAUUUGCAUGGUGUUAUACAUUAAUGUAUUUACAUUAUCAAAAUUAAAUUGGUAACUUUUUUAUAGAAUAAGAAUAGUUUUUAUAUAUAAUGAGAGUAUCACAGUUGUUAGUACAAUAAAACAGAAAAUAAACAUUUUCAUACAGUAUACCUAAAUAUUUAACUAACUUAAAGCUAAUUUAAAUUUUUCAUAAAAUUUUUUUGUUAAACUGGUGUUUAUACAUCUAAUUGUGCCUUUAAUGGCCAAAUACUAAAAUUUAUACUAGAUUAAAGGAAAACUAGUCCUAAAUUUAUGUAAAAAAAAAACUGAAAAAUUGUUUAAAAAAAGCAAUACAACACCAAAAAAACCAAAAAAACACCAAAAAAAACAAAAAAACAUCAAAAAAAACAAAAAAACACGUUUUUUUAACCCUAAAAAACGCCAAAGGAAAAAAACGCGUUUUUUUGCAACUCUAGUCACACACUAUUAUCCGCCUUAAAGUUAAUCUUCCUGAGAAUCAAUUAGUGUAUUUUAGAGAAGGAGCAGAACAAAUGGCUUUAGAUCGUGCAGCUCAACGUGAUACACACCUUACAUCAUGGUUUAAGUUAAAUUCUGAAAAUGAAAGAGCACAUUGCUAUUAAUAUGUAGACAUUCGUUAUCAUUUUAUAUUUGAUGAUAAGCUUUGUAAAUGGAAGGUUAGACAAGGAGGUGGUAAUAAGGUGAUAGUAAGAAUGUAUAAAGUUAAUCCAACUGGAGAAUUAUUUUUCUUAGGCUGUUACUUUUGCAUGCAAAAGGAGCCAAGUCUUGGGUGGAUGUGCGUACUGUUAAUGGUAUUGUUGUUGAAACAUUUCGUGAAGCAUGCUUUUUAAAUGGUUUGUUACAAGAUGACACUGAAUGGCAGAAUGCACUUUCUGAGGCAGUUUUAACACGUAUGCCAAAGCAAAUUAGACAGUUAUUUGCAAUUAUUUUGACUUUUUGUGAACCAGACAAUCCUUUGCAUCUUUGGAAUACAUACAAAGCAUUUAUGAUUGAGGACUUUAUUCACCGCUCAGUCCCGCUUAUAAUAGCUGAACAAGCUGCUCUUUGUCAAGUUGAAAAGAUUAUUAAUCAGUGUGGUAAAACGCUGGCUGAUUAUAAUCUGCCUGUUAUUGAGUUAGAUUUUAAUCUAGAUAAUCUAGAAAAUUUCAAUCAAAAUGUUCAACAAUCAAUUGAUGAAGCCAAUAGAAUAAGACCACUGCUCAAUAUCAAUCAAUCCUAUUCUUGCUGCAUUGAAUGAACAACCAAGUGUAAAAAAUCAGUAUUCUCGAUUGUUUUUCAUGGAUGGACCGGCUGGUAGUGGAAAAACGUUUACAUAUAAUUAUUUGAUUGCUGAAACCAGAAGUAGAGGUAUUAAAUCUGCUACAGCUGCAUGGACUGGCAUAGCAGUAACUCUUCUUACAAAUGGAUCUACAUUGCAUGGCUUAUUCAAACUUCCUGUUCCAAUAUUAGAUAACAGCACAUGUAAUGUAACUCCAAACUCUAUACAUGGACACUUUUUAAGUCAGGCUAGUUUGUUUUUGCUUGAUGAAACAUCCAUGAUACCCAAACAUGCAUUGAAUGCAAUUGAUAGGUUAUUAAAAGAUGUUUGCAACAACAACUUUCCAUUUGAAGGAAAAGUCAUUCUUUUUGGAGGCGACUUUAGACAAAUACUGCCUGUUGUGAAAAGAGAACAACCAGCUGAAGUCGUAGAAGCAUGUAUAAAAUGUUCUUUACAUUGGCAAUGGGUGCAGAAGUUUAAGUUAACAGAAAGUAUGAGAGUACAUGAUGGGGAAAGGGAAUUUUCAAAUUGGCUGUUGAGACUUGGUAGUGGAACUGUAUUUGUCUAAGAGGAUGAUCCUUUUAAAGGGUGCAUUGAAAUACCGCAUUAAUGCCUUAUUAGGGAAAAUGACUCCAUUGUUGAAAAGAUAUUUGGAGAUGCCGAACAAGACGGUUAUGCUAAACGUGUCAUUUUGACACCAACUAAUGUGGAUUCACUAUCAAUCAAUGAGGAAGUGCUUCAACGUCUACCGGGUGAGGUCAAAACUUAUUUAAGUGCUGAUCAAGUUGAGACUGACAAUCUUAAUGAAAGAAAUAACUUUCCUGUUGAGUUUUUAAAUAGCUUAAUUCCCUCAGGUAUGCCUCCUCAUUCUUUAAAGUUUAAAAUUGGUUGUAUAAUUAUGUUUCUUAAAAAUUUAGAUUUCAAAGCUGGGUUAUGCAAUGGCACUCGAAUGAAAGUUUGUGCUCUUCAAAAUAAUUAUAUUGAUGCAGAGGUUUUGACAGGUGUUUCUGCUGGUAAACGGGUAUUUGUACCUCGAAUUCAUUUGGCUCCGUCAGAUUCUAAUUUACCUUUUGUUCUAAAACGUCGCCAGUUUCCUGUCAGAUUGGCAUAUUCAAUGACAAUUAAUAAAAGUCAAGGUCAAACAUUUGAUAGAGUUGGUGUAUAUCUAAAGAAACCGUGUUUCACUCAUGGUUAACUUUAUGUUGCAUGUUCAAGAACUAGAGCUUUUAAUAGUUUAUUUUUUAAAAUUGAUAAACAUCCCAUUCAAGGUAUGAUAGGUGAAAAGUCUUACACAAAUAAUGUUGUAUUUUCUAAUGUUCUUAAUUUAUAAUUAUGAGAUUUUUGUUAUAAUUUUCACUUUUUUUCAUAGUUUUAUUUUAUAUUGUUUUAGUAAUUAUAUUUGUCUUUAUACAUGUUUGUAAUUGUUAUAUGUGUUAUGUAAGUGUUAUAUUUAUUUUAUGUGUUAGUUGUUAUUUAAAUUGUUCAUGUAAUACUUGGGCUAUAUGUGUUAUCAAGGUUAUGUGUUUAGGGUUUGUGUAUAUGUGUUUAUAGUUUGUGUAUAUAUGUUUAUAUUACGUUGUUUCCAUGUUUUCAAAGUGGUGUGACUUGGCAAACGUGUCGAGCAAGAUAGUUAACCUUGCCAGCCAAGCGGUGUACCUAAAGCAGAGGUGUGACUUGGCAGCGUUUAGUGCCAAGUGGUGUUACUGCUUUGUUGUGGCUAGGUUGUGUUGUCUAGCCUUUUUUAAUUAUUCUGGAAACACGUAAUGUCUAUUAAUAUUAAGCAUCAUAUGUACAUACAAAUAUGUAAUGUGUUAAAUGUGUUAAUAUAUUUUAUAAUGUUAUAUCGUCACGAUCAUAGCACAAUUGCCUAAGUCAUUUUUUGGGGGGUUUUCGGAAGUUAAGAGUUGAAAUAUAUAGCUUAAACAGUCUAAUAAUGUGGCAAAUCGCCUUAAACCAAUCAGAAAGGAGUUGAUUUUUAACUUUUUCACUUCUGCUUAAAUCCGCAUUUUUACUUAUAUCUUAUUGCUUUUGACCUAUAUCCUAUUGUGUCUCAACGGAAAUACACAAGCAUCUAAGUAAAAAGAUGCCAAAAAUAAACCAAAGUGACGUAGCAAAAGAAAUACUGAAGUUAUUCAUUUUUUUUUAGUUUUCUCAAAACAAGAAAAAAAUGACUUAGACGAUUGUGCUAUGAUCGUGACGAUAUGUUUAUAGUUUGUUUCUUUGUCUAUUUUAUGCAGUGGUUUCAAAGUGGUUUGACUUUGCCAUUGUAUAGAGCAAGUGUAAUGUGUACUUAUAAAUAUCUUAUGUGUUUUUGUUGUGCGUUAUCGUUGUAACAUUGUGGUGAUGAUUUGUGUUGAUAGACAGUUGGCUUACCUUCCCGUUGGUGUCUAUCGUUAAAAAUGAUUAAUUGGUAGCUCUAUUCAUGGAGCUUACUGUUUCUAAUCAUUCACUAAAAGCCAAGACAAAACAUAUUGUUAUAAACACAAUUUGUUUAUAUUUCAAUUUGUUUUUUUUUUAUCUUUAGUGUUGUGCAUAGUUCUAUUCUUUAAAACAUUUUUAAUUUGCAUUUUAAUAAAUGUUAAUUUUUUCGUCUUCAAUAAAAACCAGCAUGAAAUAAUGUCAUUGAACAACAUCAUCAAAUACUGCUUCAUCAAAACAGCAACUGCAGUUUGCCAAAAACAGACACCAUGUGACGUAUUUAUGCGAUACAGGAGAACACAAAUAAUAAUUAUGUUUUGUUAUUAAAUAAUAAAGUUUUGUUAAAAAAAAUAUUAUUAAAUAAA